AUGCCUGUGCCAACAACUUGGUUCUUUCUGGUGGUUCUUGCAACCAGCACGACGUUUGCUCAGCAGCAGUGUGGCAUUCGUGGCCCGAGCUGGAGGGCAGCGGUUCAGAACGACAGUGGUACCGAGGCCGCGACCCGUGCCGGCGUCUCCGCCAAGUCUCAAGGCAUUCUCCGCAUCGUGGGUGGCGUUGAAGCCCAGCCGCUAGAGUUCCCCUGGCAGAUAUCUCUGCGGAAUCGGGCGCCGUUCACCAACGAAGACCAGGGCCACUCCUGCGGCGGCUCCAUCAUCAGCGAACGGUACAUCAUGACGGCGGCUCAUUGCGUCGAAGGUUUUUCUUUGUCAUCUCUUACGAUCACCAGGCACCCUUACUGGGACAGCAACACAAUGAACUAUGACUACGCGAUCUUGAGACUGGCGACACCGCUGGACUUCCGCGGCAGACACAGGCACCUCAUGCCCAUCUGCCUUCCGAGGAGGAACGAGGACUUCGAGGGACAAACGUGUACCGCCAGCGGAUGGGGCCUCACAAGGGACCGAUCCGAAGGAGGCAACUCGCUGCCGCCAAAACUCCAGAAGACGGAUCUUCCUGUUGUGGACCACAAUGUCUGCAGGCUCUACUACAGCCACAUCAUGGAAGUGCACGACAACACCAUGGUCUGCGCAGGCCCCAUGCACGGUGGCAAGGGAGUCUGCCAGGGAGACUCUGGAGGACCCUUGCAGUGCAGGAGGUCGGACGGUCGCUACGUCCUGGCCGGGGCUACGUCCUGGGGAGUCAAGUGCGCCGGGGAAAACCAGCCCGGGGUGUUCGCGAGAAUCUCUACCCAGGUGGACUGGAUCAAAUACGUCGCGGGAAUUACCACGUAA